UACAUGACAUUUCGUAUGGUAUGUAUUAAUUUUCAGAUAUCCAUAAUCCAUUGUGUAUGAUACUUUACGGAUUACAAUUCUUAUAAUAUGUUACAAAUUUGUUAAACGUUUGAUAUGUUACGAAUUCCAAUUGGUUGUAGCUAAUGUUAGCUAGGUGGCAACCUAGCUAGGCUUGGAGUUAGGGUCAAGGUUAUGAGUUAGGUUAAAGGGUUAAACUAAUUCACUUUUCACCCGGUGAAACUCUUUCCAACGGGGUAACCUAGGCCAGAUAAUCGAAUCCCCUCAAUGCUGCGCAUCUUGGUUGGAGAGAAGCGCAUGCAGCGGCUCGCGUGACUAAUUCCCGGAAGCCACCUCUACAUGACCAGCCGUUAGCUACACAAAGUCUCCGCUCGUCCUUAUCAAGUGAAGCUGACGUUGGUUGUUGAUGCCAUUUUCAUUUUGUUGCUAAUUGUCUGUCACUAAUAUGAAUACGUUGAAUUUGAAGGCUUUAUUUAUAAAUAACAAUAUACAGACCACAGAGUAGCAGCCGCAGGCUACUUAAUAGCACGCACCCACAACCAAAUAUGAACACGAUCAUGUCAGACAGAGUGCGCAAAUUAGUUUCUGCAACCUUGAUACAACCUUGGACAUGGCCGAUUAUUACUGCCCCAAAGGUCCAGCUCUCCAGUCUAUCCAGUGAGCCUGUCAUCGCUUCCAAAAAGCCUUUCAAGGUGGAGCUUGUAGGGGGAAAGCGUUACUCAUGGUGCACUUGUGGACACAGCAAGAAACAGCCUUUCUGUGAUGGAACCCACAAGACUAAAGCCCAGGGCCUGAUGCCUCUGCGCUUCAUCCCUGAGAAGGACUCCAAAGUUUGGCUGUGUGGCUGCAAGUACACCGCUAACCCACCAUACUGCGAUGGCACUCACAAGCAGGAAUUCAUCCAGUCUGCCCUGCUCCCAGAGAACACCGACUCCUGAAUGGCUAGGCGCUGAAUAUGUUUUUGUCCAAUUCACUGAGCUGUGGGUCCUCUGAGUUCUGGUCCUGGAGAUGUAGGACCAGAAUCACUGGUUCAGAAAGUAGCUCUGCACUUGGGUGAUUGAUGGCAAACAGAUGACUUAUGUACAUAUCUGACAUACUGUGACAUGCUUAGAUCUGAUGUGAAAAGAUCUGUGAUUGGUCAAAAGACUGAUUAGUGGAAAAAAUAUCAGAAUUGGGCUACAUGUCUAAACGCAGCGUUAGGAACCCCAUUAUAAUAUAAUGGGAAACUCUGGGCUUAGCACUAGCUUUGAACAAAUCUCCCAUUGUCGUCCAUACAAGAUUUGCAUGAUAUAAGAGCUCUGUGAACAACUCAAUUAAGGAUUCAUCCUAUGAUAGGCAAUCUGCAAAGUGAUACUUGUUAUGGGGCAAUUCCACGAUAACAGAAUGAUGCUGAGAUUUCACUUUAAAAUGUAAAAACCAAUGAUUAAAGUUAAUCAAACCAUUCAACUUUAUGCACAAUGGCUAGUUUUAACAUUUUCCACAAAAAACAUUUACUUGAAGAGUGCAGAUGCAAAGUUAGGUAACAGAAUCAGUUUCUCAUUCUUUGCAAUCAUUGGUUUGUGUUUGGCAUACAUUUUAAAGUGAAAAAUAUUCUGUUACCGUGGAAUUGCCCUGUGUGUGGUAUGCACUGGUGCUUCUGUAAAAUUGUGAUGAAACAGAUAUAACAUUUUAAUGCUCCGCUAAUGAUACGCACAAGUAUUGUGAUGGACUGUUUCUCAAAAUCAAGUAUUGUAAUAGAACACUAAAUCAUAGGCUUUCUGUAAGAUGAAUUGUUUAAGAUGUAUUAUUCCCUCCAUGGUGUAUUCUGUCUGAAAUUAAAAUGAUCAAAUACAUGUUU